UUGAAGGCGAGGCUGCGAGCAUAUCUGGCUGGCUGGCUGCUGCGCGCACUGAAGGACUAACUUUCACUUUCAGCGCAGUUCAGUUGAUAAAAACGGGGCGCUGCAUGGAGGGCUCGCUCCAGAUGUGAACCGCACAUUGUGAGGUUACUCAGCGAGGAAAAGACCUCUGCAAAGAUGAAUGUAACUUAUUGGUACCGGUGGAUUGUUAUUUUCUAUCUUCAUCUUUGUUUAUUCGCUUCUUGGACUCAGUCUGAGGGAAAUACAGUGAGGUACCAGACCAGAGAGGAGGGUGCACCGGGUACUGUCAUCGGGAACCUCGCCAAGGACAUGUCCUUGAGUGUGUCCCACUCAUCCAAGACCAAUUUCAGGAUGAUGAAACAAUUUAACGACUCCUUUAUCCGGGUGAGAGAAAGCGAUGGGCAACUCAUUGUCGGGGAACGGAUCGACAGAGAAAGGCUCUGCAAGCACACUCCACAGUGUUUGAUUACUUUUGACGUGGUUAAUUUUUCUAAAGACCGCUACAAAUUGAUCCACGUCGAGGUGGAAAUAAGCGACAUUAAUGACAACUCUCCGGAGUUUCCAAACAGGGAGUCUGUGGUGGAAAUUUCAGAGAACGCAGCUCUGGGGUCCCGGAUCCCUCUGAAUCCCGCUGUGGAUGCCGAUGUCGGGUCAAAUUACAUACAAAGCUAUCAGAUUUCUGUGAACAGUCACUUCACUAUCGAUGUGCUCCAAAGAGCGGAUGGGGUUAAAUAUGCAGAGCUGAUUUUGAUGAAGGAGCUUGACAGGGAGACUCAGCCCUCAUAUAAUAUAGAACUGGUGGCAAAAGACGGAGGGAGCCCCCACAGAUCCGGGUCAACUAAGAUAACUGUGAGAGUGACUGACUUUAACGACAAUAGCCCUGUUUUUGACCAGAACAGCUUCUCAGUGAGCCUCCCAGAGGACGCGCCGGUCGGCACCGUGAUCCUGGAUCUGAACGCAGUGGAUGCUGACGAGGGUCUGAACGGGGAGGUGGUCUACGGGUUCGGGAAGCAGGUUUCUCACGAGAUCCGCGAACUUUUCCAAGUGGGUAACAAAUCGGGCCGCCUGACGCUCAGGAGUCCCGUAGACUUCGAGAGCAAAAGUACCUAUGAGCUGGACGUGCAGGCUAUCGAUUUGGGCGCAAAUCCGACCCCGUCAGUGUGCAAAAUCAUAAUCCACGUCACGGACGUAAACGAUAAUGCCCCAGAGAUCAGCAUCACCCCGAUGACCUCCAUUGCAACGGGUGUUGCGUACAUCAGCGAGGCGGCAGAUAAGGACAGCCUGGUAGCGUUGAUCAGCACCCUGGACAGAGACUCUGGAGUUAACAGUCAAGUUCACUGCUCUCUGUACGGCCACGAUCACUUCAAACUCCGGCAGGCCCAUGAGGACAGCUACAUGAUAGUCACAGCUGCUGCUCUGGACAGAGAGAGGAUCAGUGAGUAUAAUUUAACAGUCAUGGCUGAGGAUUUCGGGUCACCCCCGUUAAGAAAAAUCACUCAGUUCACCAUCAGGCUCAGCGAUGAGAACGACAACGCCCCCCACUUUGCGAGGGCCGUUUAUGAGGUGUCAGUGGUGGAAAACAAUGCCCCGGGCGCCUACAUCACCACAGUGGAGGCCAGCGACGCUGAUCUGGGUAUCAACGGCAAAAUCACCUACAGGCUGGUGGACAGUGUCAUCAUGGGGUCCCCGAUGAACACCUUUGUGUCUCUGAACUCAGUGUCUGGCUCCCUAUAUGCGCUGAGGAGCUUCAAUUAUGAAGUGAUGAAACAGCUGGAUGUGCACAUUCAGGCAAGCGACGGGGGGUCACCCCAGUUGCAGAGUACAGCCAUCAUCAGGUUAAAAAUAGUUGAUCAGAAUGACAACCAGCCUUAUAUUAUAGAGCCUUCACUCUACAAGGGGUCUGCUGAGGUUUUCCUACCCAGAGAUGCAUCUGCGGGUUACUUGGUGACACAGAUUAGGGCCACAGAUGCUGAUGAGGGCAUAAAUGCACAGCUGUCCUUUAAGAUCACAGAAGGGGGGCACUUAGGAUUCUCCAUCAACAAAGACACUGGAAAGGUGCUUGUGAGUCGAAAGCUCACUUAUGACCUCAUGAACAACGUUAAAGUCACAGUGGCGGUCAGUGACAACGGAUCCCCCUCUCUGACUUCCACAGCCAUGAUUAUUUUCAGUUUCAUAGAAGGCACCCCACCCAGCCAACCUUCCUCGGCUCAAAAUAGCAACGAGGAGCUACUCGAGUGGGACAUGUCCAUUGCUAUAAUCAUCGUCCUGGCUGGGAGCUGCUCUGUUCUCCUGCUGGCUAUUAUUCUCAUUGCGACCAUCUGUAGCCGCAGGAAAAAAGAGACAAGUGAGGGAAAUUUCGAUGAGAAAGUAGAAACACCCAAUAUGGAGAAAGUGGAAAGUAGUCGUAUGGAUUCAUUGAUCGUCAAUCACAAAGGCAAAGCGUUUGAUGUCCAUUCAUUUCCAGAGGGUCUGCCUCUGGCCAGCAGCAACACAACAGAGGCCAGCAGUGAGGAUAGCAGGCAGACAACAGGAAUCUUUGAGCCAAACAGCAGGCCGAUGGAGGCUAAGUUAAAGGGUUAUUCCACACUACCGGGGUAUGGCAAAGAAACCGUGAGGCCUAUAACAAUAUGGAAGGGCAACUCGUUCACGACUAUCUCAGCAAGAGACCCCCAAAUUAGCGGGAAGGACAGUGGGAAAGGGGACAGCGACUUCAACGACAGCGACUCUGACAUCAGUGCAGAUGUUCACAAGAAGGAGUCACCACCAAUGAACAGUCUCUGGGCGUGCACCAGUGAAUGCAAAGUGCUAGGACACUCGGACCGGUGCUGGAGCCCAUCAGCCACCAGGCCCAACACGAGCCUGGCCUGUGGAUCACAUCUGUCGACAUUCUCCAAGACUGCCACACUUCCCCGGGAUGCCAGGAGGGAAAACUACUACCCGGCUCAUUUACCUAAAACCAGCGGUCUGCAGAGCGUGUACGAAAAGGUCCAACACCAGGAGUUUGAUUACAUUCUCGUCGGUCCACCAACACCAGCUAGGAUACAGGAGACGGAUGAAAUCUCCAUCCCUGAAUACACAAACUCCUAAAAGAACCCAAAUUGUGUCUCAUACUGUUGUUAAAAGACAUUUAGUCUUCAUACUGUACAGAUCUUUAAUCCAGAUUGACUCCAUGUUGGAUUGUUGACGUGUUCGGUAGCGUGUUGUGUGUGUCUUUUGGCUCAUAUAAGACUGUUUAUUGUAUUAUGUGUAAUAUGCAAGAUUUUCUAUUGAUAUAUUUUUCAUAAUGAUUCAAUGUAAAGAUGAAUUUUAAUAUGACUUUUUAAAAGCAUGUGUUACUAUUUAAGGGCAUGACUUUUGGACAUUUAGGCUGAAAAAUGGCCUCUCUGCUGUGGAAAACAAUCAACCAUGUUUGUGGUAGAUUUUAUCAUGAUGUUGCACAAAUAAAAAGUUAAAAUCAA